GGGCGAUGUUGAUUGGUAGGGCCGAGGAACCUGGGUCUUAGUUGGCAGAGCUCUCCCCGGAUGGAAGCUCCGGCUGCGGAGUGAUGGUGGCGGCAGCAAAAAUGGGCCGGGCAGGGGCCAUGGUGGUGGUGGUAGAGGUGGCAGGGGCGGGGUGGCUGGUGGUAGAGGAGGCUCUGGUCUUCAGGGGGCUGUAAGUGGAGGAAUGUCUCGGGCCAGCAGCGCGAACGGCAGCGAGGAGGCCUGGGGGGCACUUCGGUCGCCGCAACAGCAGCUUCGAGAGCUGUGUCCAGGAGUGAACAACCAGCCCUACCUCUGUGAGAGUGGUCACUGCUGCGGGGAGACCAGCUGCUGCACCUACUACUACGAGCUCUGGUGGUUCUGGCUGCUCUGGACUGUCCUCAUCCUCUUUAGCUGCUGUUGCGCCUUCCGCCACCGAAGAGCUAAACUCCGGUUGCAGCAACAGCAGCGGCAGCGUGAGAUCAACUUGUUGGCUUACCAUGGGGCCUGCCAUGGAGCUGGCCCCGCCCCCACUGGUUCACUGCUUGACCUUCGCCUCCUCAGCGCCUUCAAACCCCCAGCCUAUGAGGAUGUGGUUCACCGCCCAGGCACUCCACCACCUCCUUACACCGUUGUCCCAGGCUCCUUGACUGCUUCCAGUGAAUGUCCCUGCUGCUCCUCCGUGUCUAGCUGUCCUGCCCACUGCGAGGGAACAAAUGUGGAAGGUGUUUCCUCCCACCAAUGUGCCCCUGCUCACCAGGAGGGUGAACCUGAGGUAGGGGUGAGCUCUGCCUCCACCCCUCCCUCCUGCCGCUAUCGCCGCCUGACUGGUGACUCAGGCAUCGAGCUGUGCCCUUGUCCUGAUUCCAGUGAGGGUGAGCCAGUCAAAGAGGCAAGGGCUAGUGCCACCCCCUCAGAUCUGGAGAACCACUCCCCUUGUUCACUGCCCCCACAUUCUGUACUCCAGGUCUCUCCGGUGGGGCUGGCUUCCAAUGAAGGGGACAUCCCCUAAAUUUAGGGAGGAUGGGUGGGUUACUUGCUUACCAGGAACUGGCCCAAGUUCGAGUUCUUGACCCUUCCCUGCCCUCCUAUAAUCUGCCUAAAGAGGCUGGAGUCCUGAGGAGAGGCAGUGUUUGGGGAAUGUGCUAGCUCCACCCCAUAAGACAUACACAGGAGCCUUUGAUCUUAUUAAAGAGAUAUGAACUAGCUGCUUGUG